AUGAUGAUCAGACGGAUUCAAAAAUUGGCUCCCUUUUUCUCUUCUUCUUCUUCUUCUUCUCCAUUGAAAUCUAGCUGCUGCGGCUGCUGGUUUUCCUCAAAGUCAUCAAUGGACGUCGCUGCAGCUGAUGUUGCCGACGUCACCGCAGAAGAAGAGCUAUUGUACCCAUCUGUUGCUUCCACUGCGAAGCCGGUGACCACAAUCCCUAAUCUCCUUCAGCCUCGUGUCGUCAUCUAUGAUGGAGUCUGCCAUCUCUGCCACCGAGGGGUGAAGUGGGUGAUUGAAGCAGACAAAUACAGGAAGAUCAAGUUCUGUUGCCUCCAGUCUAAAACUGCUGAACCUUACUUGACACUCUGCGGUGUUGACCGAGAGGAUGUUCGCCGUCGCUUUCUCUUCAUCGAAGGCCCAGGAUUAUACCACCAAGCAUCCACUGCUGCACUGAGAGUGAUGUCAUACUUGCCUCUACCAUACUCCGCUUUGAGCACACUCUUGAUAGUUCCAACUCCUCUCAGGGAUGCUGUCUAUGACUAUGUUGCCAAGCACCGCUAUGGUUGGUUUGGGAAGGCUGACGAUUGCUUAGUUUUGAAAGAGAAAGAGCUGCUUGAGCGUUUCAUAGACAGGGAUGAGAUUAUUGAUAGGAGUCGAUCAGAUUUAUAA